AUGCCUCCAAAAGGCUCGCACAUUAAGGCUCUGGUUGAGGCUGUUCCUGACGGUCCUCCUGGUGGACCAGAUCCUGCAGGCAAAACAGCACCAAGCAAGCAAUCAAACGGCGUUAACAACCUUCCAUCGGAAGCUGAAGUGACGGCUGGUGGAUCUGGUCUCUCGAUUGAAGAUAAGCUAAAAGCGCUCGCGACAGUUGCUGCAGACGAUGAUUUCAUCGAGGAUGAUUCUGAUGAAGAGCUCAAGAUUGAUAUGGCUAAGAGCUCUUACCCGCAUUUGCGCUUCACUGUAAUCCUGAUUUUCCUGGUCAUUCCGUCUCCGGAAGUCGCUUUUGUUAUCUUAACCAUGAGAACACUGAUGAAGCGUGUCUGGUCGAACAUCCUUACUGAUGAUGUUCUCUCUUCGGUGAAGUUUCAGGAGCUGCUCCCUACUUUCGUCAUGAAGACUCGCUACAGCCGUCUCCAGGUCUCUUUCAUGCACAAGGCUGACGCUGUGAACAUCAAGCAGACAAUGGUGGACCACAAACUCUCGAAUGGCUCGACGAUCCACUGUUUCUGGCUUCACCAGGAGGAUGCUAUUUACGUCCGCAAGAAAGCUUCGAGCCCGCAGCUGUUGGAGGUCUACUUUAAGAACAUUCAUGGCGACAUCCCGUCUGAGCUGGUUAAGGAGGUCAUGGUAACUCACUCGCUCAAAGUCCGGAAGCAGUCCGCGUUUGCUGAAGGCCACUGCUUCCACCGCGUGCUUCACCCGGUCACCGGAGCUGAUACGGACAAAAUCAAAGGGUUGGUGGCCAAGCAUACUAGCGACAAGCACCUCACCCCACUCCUCCUGGAUGCGGCGUUUGUGCAGAUCUCCACUGGGAGCAACAGGGAGGAAUGGCUGUGCACACUGAAUAGUUGCGGGAAAACGCACGGCAAGUCGUUCAUGUCCGCUGCGGACCACAUCACCUCGGCAAGUCACUUGCUGGGUCUGGAGAAGCUGGGUGCGACCACCCUCAGUUCCCUGGAGAAGCUGAACCUGCAUCUCAUUCGCAAGGACUACAAGAUUUGA